UAUUUCGUUUCAGUAUUGAAAUAUCUGAAUUUAAUCACAAUGGCAGUGGCAUCGGAUCGAAAAACUGUAAGAAAACUUAUAUCUGUAAACUCAAAUGAAAAAUUGAUUCCAGUCAUUGAGAAGAAAAUCGGUAAAGAUUUAGAGAGAUUGCCAGAAAAUGACCCUAAAAAUCAGUCAUCCAACCAAAGCAACGUCACAACUCAAAAGAAUAUCCUUUCUAAUAAAGGUCGACCCUGCUCAGGAUCAUCGAUUUUGAAGCGUUCUGCUCGACCGUCGUCUGGCCAUUCAGUAAAGUUUGUUGGACAAGAGACUAUAAUUUCAAUUGAGAAUACAGAUUGUUCACUAGUUAGCGGAAAUUCUAUUUCAAAUCCAGAUUACAAGAAGAUAUCAUUAGAGACUAUCACUCAACAAGAACCUCUUAAAUUGCAUAGUGAUUUAGCCAUUGAAUGCCAACAUGAGAUUGUUCUUCCAGCUGAGAGCAAAAUCUCUACCCCCUCUACAUCAACAAUCCCUUCUGCAUGCGAAACAAUAAAUAGCAAUGGUAUGUCCACAAAAUGUGGAACAAUAGCUAAUGAAAAUGAACAAAAUAUUAACUUCAAUGAAAAUAGCAUCGCAGAAGUAGACUUGAUAUCACAGAAUAAUUAUCGACAAAUGGACUUUACAAAAGAGAAUGACAGAUUACACGAAGAGGAAACUGGAAAUAAACAAAAAUUAAAACACAAAGAAGGAGAGGAAAUUCACGAAUGUGCAGGUACUAAAGAAGGUUCAAGGGAAAGUAUUAAUGAUUUACCAAGUACAUCAUAUAAAUCAUGUAUUCAUGAUACUGAUCAGGCUAAACAUCAUCAUCCCCAGAGGGAAACCUCCUAUCACCAGAAGAGAGUUAUAUAUAACACAGAAAAUUGCCCAACUAAUGGCGAUAUGCUGAGAGAGGGAUAUUACAGAACAAAAGGGGAUGGAAAUGAGAAAAGGCAUAACAGACAUAGAGAUAUUAAACAAAUAAUGUCAGAGAGAAAUGCCCCUGAAAGUGGAAUGGUUCAGCUUGAUGAGAUGGAAUUGGAUGAUGGAUUCAGUGGGGAGAAGGAAAAAGAAAUAACACAAACAAAAAUAAAUUCAAGAAAGAUAUCGGCACAGAAAAAGAAAAAGCUGUGCGAACUAUACGAAGAACUCAAAAGAGUUCGGGAUGCCAUCGCACAUAUGUAUUCUCUUGAAGAGGAAGAAAAAGAAAUUAGCGAGCCCGACACAGAAAAUAAAGAGUUUGAAGAUGAGGAGGUAAAAAGGUAUCAGAAUACUAGUCCAGGGGAAUCCAGGGGCUCUGAAAAAACAGAUGUGGAAAAAGAGAAUACCGACAUUGAAAAAGACUUGAUUUGUGAUACCAGCUCAGAAAGCACCCUAAACGAUGAAGAGAGACAUGACAGAAGUAUAAGUGAAAGAAGUGAAGAUUAUUUAGAUAAGAAAAAAUCGUUGGAAAAAUCUGAUGACGAAACAGAUAUUAGUGAUAUCCUUACUAAAAGCAAGAGAGAAUCAGGAACCCAGCUUGUCAUUGAUAAGCAAAAAGACGAAAAUACUGAUAAUGAGGAAGAAAAGGACACAUUUUGUGAAAAUGAAGAAGAAAUUAGAGACAAAAAUGCAGUGGAAAAGGUUCUUUCCGAAGAGUGUAGGAGUUCUGAGAAUAAUGUAGAGAACGGAAAAAGUGUGAUUAUUAAAAAGUACUCAGUCUGUAGCAAUCAUGUGGUAGGGUUAGUUAAUAGCUAUGAAGAAGAUACUAAAACGGACAAUAAGGAUGAAAUACAAGGGCAGGAAACAAACACCGUCAUUGAAAGAAAUUCAAAAAAUAAAAUGGAGGCAAAAGAUGACAAACUUCAAGAUAAAAUAGCAAAGAAUCAGAUCAGAAUAAAAAAUUCAGCUCGUUCAACUCAAAAUAAGAUCCACGAGAAAAAGAACGAAACACACCGGAAGAGCGGAAAGCAAAACCCAACACAUUCCCAGUCGGAGGAAUCUCAAAAAGGGAAAGAUUUUAAGUCAAAAUGCCGUCAUAAAUUGACAGAAACCAAAAAGGCCGAUGUUAAUAUCAACGAUGUUAAAACUAAAGGCGUGACAACUCAAGACAAAACCAUUGACAGAACAAAAGAGGAGCAUGGAAUAGACAGUUCUUGUUUUUCCUCAAGUGAAGAAAAUCAAUCUAAAAUUAAUGUAGAUGUUGAAAAUCAUUUUACACAGACUGACAAAAACAACUGUAGUGUAAGUGAUAAUGAUGAAAAAACUAUAACACGAGAAGUCGAAAAAUGUAGGAAACACGCCAAAACAAAAGAUGAAUAUAGUACAAAAAAUGAGCGAUUAAUCCAUUGUGAUACAAGUAGUAUGGGGAUAACAGAAACAAAACUGGCUGAAGAAAAGUGUUCCGAGUUAAACCGAGACAGUUUAAUGAAUAACUUUUCAAUGUCAGAACCCAUAAUCAUAGAUAAAACGAGAAAAGAUUCCUGUCAACUGACAAGUACAUCAACUGCUGCUAAGAAGAAAGUAAUAGAGGACGAAAGACAAUUGAACGAACCAAACAUUUCAUCUACUCUUGAAGGUUAUAAAAAUCUUGUUUCCGAAGUGAAUUUAGACUUUGUACUUGAUGUAAAUUACCCAGGUGAAAAUAUUCGAAAGGAUCCUGAAGAUAGAGGGAUGAGAGAGAGCUUUUCAGAUUCAACUCUAAUGAUGUCACCAAUGAAAGAAAGAGAGGAUGACUAUUUUGAUUUUGACGAUGAUAUCUCUGACAACGACAGCUUCACGGACAUCCCCAAAGUUACGGACGAAAAGAAAAGCAAAGAAGCAACAAAUGCAGCUAACAAAAUUAUAAAGGAUAUCUUGUGCAACAUCAGUGACAUGCAAGAGAACAGAAAGUUUAAAAGAGAAUUUAAGACAAUGACAACAGAGCAGGAGGAAAUGUCAUGCAUAGUCAUCUCUGACCCAGAUGACACGUUCAAUGUUGACUUAAUAAAAGAUAUUAACUGUUCAAAUAUCGAUCCACUAAUUGUACCUUCUUUAGUUGGAGAGUAUGAACUUUUAGUCAGCAACGUCACUCAGCUAUCUGCCUCACUUAACAUCGACUUUGGGGUAAACAAUUUUUCCUAUUUGGUUUGACAGAAAGUACAAUUGAAAGUUCGAAUUCCAUUCAUGAAAUCUGAAAUGAAGUAUUUCCAUCGUCCUGUCUUGCGAUGGCUUUCUGCCGAAAGAAAAUGGAUUGAAAUUCCGUCUGUUGAAUACUUGUACGAGGACGAGGAAGGCUGUAUUUUACCAAUAUUGGAAGCUGAGGUCACACAAUUGGGAAUUUUUGCCAUAAUAGCAGCAGGUAUAAAAGAGCAUUUUGUGUUUGGCCACAAUGUACACGAAGUAUCCUCUGCUGUGGACAGAGAAACGAUUCUUGCAGGAUCAUACUGUCCUCGGUUCUAUACGACAGAAACAAAGGCUGAUUUAGUGGUGAUUCCAAUCGAGAGAUCUGUGAUUGAUGAUUCUAAAACUUCAGACAUAGAGGAUUCAUCUUUACUUGUCUCAGCAAGCGCUCUUGUUGUCGUGGAUCUUCUGAAUGAUCCUCCUCAGCCUCUGACACUUUAUAUUCUUUGCAGCAAGCCCAAAUCGAGGCCAUGGACGGCUUCGAUGACAUCACGGAUCGGUACAUCUGAAUCCGGUUAUUUAUCAGGCUCGCGUAUUGUUUCCAGAGCAAAAUCAAGGGAAUCGAUCAACCAUUUUUUAGAAUGUUGGUACGAUUCAGACAACUACCUUGUACGGUUGGGAGGAGGAUGUUUAGGUGUUAAGAGUAUGCUUCUUCAAAAGAAAGAUCUUACUAAGGAUGAUAAAAUCCAAGUUACGCUUCAUGAAAAGCACAAUAUGUACUUAAUUGUUGAAAUGAAAAAAGAAGCUAGGCGUCCAGACGUCAAUAGUGUUGUAGUUAACCUUAUAAAAACACUUAAAGAACAUAGGAUAUAUGUUUGCGUGGCUCAAAGACGAGAUGACCCCAAACACAUUAGAGUGUCCUGUGAUCUCAAAACAAAGGUCACUACGCGGAUGAUGAAUCGGCUAGAAAAAGACCACAACAUCAGAAGAACCCUCAUUCAUGCUAAGGAGGGUGAUGUCAUCAGUUUGAGUUUGCGUGGCAACAUUACGACCAUUCCUAAGAGGAAAAGAAUAUUUAGAUUUUACGCCAUGAAUGGGUUUGUUGCUGAUUGGGAAAUCCAGGUUGUGUAUCCAUACUGUCAACGAUCUCUGAGGGAGUAUUGUGGAUUUGUUCAAGUGGCAGUUUGCACAAGCGACAGCUUCGAAGAUGCCCCAAUCUCGGGGUAUGAGGAACAUGUCAAAUGGAAACUUUUGACUGAAGUCCCUGUGACAUUACCAAAAGAUAGUUCCUUGUACAGUUGUGAAAGAAAUUUAAAAGCAAGGCUGUGUUUAACUUAUAAAGGUCCAAUUACCAUUGAGUUUCUCCGAUCACUUGCCAGACUAAUUGGAAAGGAAUGGUACAACUUAGCCAGAGGUCUUCGCCUUGAGCAUGUGAGAAUACAGUCCAUUGUACAGCAAAACAAGAGGUGUUCUUUAGAAAGUCUUGUGUACGAUAUACUGCUCACCUGGUUAAAAAGAUCCCGCCACUGCAGUGAUAAGGCUGUGAAUCUGGCAUCCGCUUUGAAGAAGAGUGGGAGGAUCGAUCUCGCUAAAGAAAUCAGUGACAUGGAUAGGUCGUAUAAACGUGACUAUUACAAAACUAUUAACGAGAGACGACUAGACAAGGCCAUACAUCUUGCCAGUAAAAGUCAUGCUGUAAUUAAGUCAUGGAAACAUGUUGGUUCCUACCUUCAAUUGAGUGAGGAAGAUAUUGUAGAAAUAGACGCUACUGAAUCCAACGAAUUUCAGAAAUGCGAGAGAAUGCUGAAACUGUGGCAGAGCCGAGGACAAUCUCACCAAGGACCACAAAUGCUGAUUGUACUUCUGAAGAAGGCUGGUUUUUGCUAUGUGGCAGAUCAUAUCGCCGUUGCUACCAGAUGGAGACCGAAAACCAGUAUAUAGAUUAGGAACAAGAAUAUAAGCAGUUGCUACCAGAAAGAGACCCAAAACCACUGUAUAGGUUUUGAAGAAAGCAACAUACACGUAUUGUUGUAGAUAUAUUCUUAGAUCUGAAAUAUUAUUGAGCAAUGAAGGGGCAGCACAAUAAAAGUCGUAUAAGUUUUUAUCGCAUGAUUAAAAGAAGGAGAGUUGUGUUUCCUUUGAUAAUAUACACAUAUGGAAUUUUUUGUGUUCUUCCUAUUAGACUUAAAAUGAGAAAGCUUGUCCUCAGCCGUUUAUAUUUUUUAGUUGAUCGAAUGUUUGUUUAUAUACAGUAUAUAUUAUUAAAUGACAAAAGAGAACGAGACUUUAAAAAAUUCCUUCUCGUACUAUUUUGUCCUGAAUAGAGUCAUUUUUUCUACUAGCUUAAAUCCUCCAAGUAACCACGUUGCAAUAAAUCAUUACUUGUAUAAUUAAUUUUGUAAUGUAAGAUGGAGUGCUGUUUCCUUCUAUAGACAUUACUUUUAAAUAGGCACAAAACCUUGAGGUUGAUAUAUUCUGGUUAAUUUUAUCUGACAUCUUUCUACACAAUAUAUUUUGUAAGUUUUUGUAACUGUUCAAGUAUUCUAUCAAAUUUUAAAGUGCACUCAUUUAAGUAAUGUUGAGUCAUGUUCUUUAGUUUUCUUGAGGACAUUUUAUAUCUUUAAA